CUUCAAGGAGGGCAGCAGUGGCAGUCCAUUAGGCUUAUCACCAAUAGUGAUAUUAAGUUUUCGGCGGUCGGCUUAAUUGCAAGCAUUCCAGUCGUCGACAUUGACAAUUUACCAGGUAAAUUUCUGUCCAAUGACGAGAACUUAAAUGAAAUCUGGAAGCUAGGCCUGCCUUUGCGGCAUGCGAUGAGGCGGAAACCCAAAAGGUAAUGUGGGAGCUUGACGAAGAGGAUGGUGCCUAUGUUCGAGGUAUGAGGGCCGGUGAUACUAGUGUGGGCGCCUUUAUCGAAAACUAUACGCUCGAAUUCGACAAUAAGGUUGUCAAGGGCGGUAUAGGUUGGACAGUGGCUUUCCCAAUAGCAUCUCCUGCGAGAGGAAUUCAACUCUACUUGGUUGCUGAGGCGCAACCUUAUGCCAACGCAGACACUACUAUUUUCCUUCUAAACUCGAUUGUAUUGGGUAAUGGGUACUUUGGUGUUAACGUCACCUCUGACAUUGUGGCAUUUAGACACGUUCCACGAGCCUAUUUCUGUCGAGAACAACCAGUGAUUUCGAGUUGGGACUGUGUUCGACGGGAAGAGUCUCGCCGUUGCCAUCGGAGACGCUGUCGUGUUCAAUGUUUCGUUGAGUGACUACCCUAUCAACGGCUCGCGGAUCCCAGGUUCCUAGGCGUUCUAUCCUGUAUAG